AUGAACGCCGCUCGUCGCGCUUUGAGCGCGUCUCUUCGAGGCGCGCAACGGACGUCAAUGAGAUCAUUCGGCGCGGGUCCACCGGGAGGAUACUUUGCCGAAGGCGUGCAGACUGGCCGCAACGGAUAUCUCUUCGGUGAGACGCCUCCAGCCCCGGGACAGCGCAGAAUUUGGGAAGACUGGGAAGCACCGUGGUACACCGCGAUGGCGCUCGCGACUGGUAUCCUUACCUUUGGCCUGGCAGCGAAGCCGGAUACCAGAAUGACGUCAUGGGCGAAGGAAGAGGCGGCCCGGCGCAUCGCAGCUGAGAAGUAG